AUGCCUCUCUCCAAGAUGAAUCGUCCUCGUUCCGAGAUGGUGCAGCCCUCGUCCGAGGCCAGCAGGAGCGCCUCCUUGAUCCAAGGCGAACGCAAAAACUACAUCCCCCCCUCUCUCCUCGACCCCAGCCGGGCGCUUCCGAAGCUCAUCGUCUUCGACCUCGACUACACGCUGUGGCCCUUCUGGGUCGACACGCACAUCUCGCCGCCGCUCAAGGUCGCGGCGCGCAACCAGGCGGCGACGGACAAGUUCGGCGAGCGCUACGCCAUGUACGACGACGUGCCGGCCAUCCUCGGCCUGCUCGCCUCCCGACGCACCGUCAAGCUGGCCGUCGCCUCGCGCACCAGCGCCCCGAACCUCGCCCGCGACCUGCUGAAGAUGCUGCACAUCGGCGCCGAGGGGGAAAGGCCGCGGCGGGCCGUCGACGUCUUUGACGGCGGAAUGGAAAUCUACCCCGGCAGCAAGAUGCGCCAUUUCGAGGCCCUGCAGCGGCGCACGGGCUUGCCGUUCGAGGACAUGCUCUUCUUCGACGACGAGCCGCGCAACAUGGAGACUGAGCAGCUCGGCGUGACCAUGUGCCUCGUAAGGGACGGCGUGAGCUGGAGGGAGGUCGCGCGCGGUGUCGACGAGUGGCGGCGGCGACGGGGCGUGUAA